AUGAGUUAUACUCCACUACUCUCAAAUAUUGAGCACCAAGAUGUGUUCGAUAGAAUUUGUAACCACUUACAACGUCCAUGGAAGGUGCACUCUGUUCAUGAAGUGACUGAGCAAGCUUCUUUAUGCCGAGCAGUUAUGAAGGACAAUAUGAUUUAUGAAUUGAAAGACAUUUACUCAGAAAGAAAGGAAUUCAAUAAGUGUGAAGUAGGAACUCCUCAACUUUACUACUAUAUUUCAUGUCAAUGCAAUGAAUUUUGUAAUGUAAAGUUGAAGGUAAUUCAUCACCACCAAGCAAGGUGCGAUAUUCAUCAAAACGAAGCACUUCAUCCUUCAUCUUCAAAGCCAGAUCCAACCAACAACAACCUUCUUCCAAAAGUAAUUAGUUUCAUCAAAAAGAGUGCUCCAACUUUGAAAAGAACUCAAAUCAAAGAGCAAAUUAGAAUAUGGGUCCAAAUUGCCAGCUCACUAGUUGUGUUAUUACUCCUCGUGUCAGGUGCCAAAAUCUCUGCCCGUUUGACAACUUAUGGUGAUAAUUCAUUAAAGGGGGAACUUUCUUUCUCAUCUCUCAAUGAAAGCCAAGUGUCAGCUGUUCAAGAUAGUAUUUGUUGCUCAGUAACAGGUUCCACUAAUUAUGUUUAUUGCUUAUCUGGACAAACUUGUUGUAGAAAAUCUGGUUAUUCAACAUGUAUUGCUUCUAGUUAUGCAUGUUGUUCUUCUUCCCAAACUUGUUCUUCCAAUGUUUGUGUUUCGAAUAGUUAUGGAGAUUAUGAUGCUUUAGGAUAUGGUUUAGGAUUUGGAAUUCCAGGUUUCAUAAUAUUUAUUGCAAUUAUCAUUAUUGUUAGUGCUGCUUCCAGAAAGAGAAGACUUAUGAUGAUGAGAAGAGCUCAAGAACAACAAGCAGCAGCUGCCAUUGGAGUAGCAACAAUGCCUUCUACUCUUGUCACUGCUCAACCAACAAUGCCACCUGUCACUACAGUUGUUAUUCAAAAUCCAGGACCUGGUGUUUAUUAUCCACCUCAACAACAACCUUAUGGUCAACCAUAUCCACCACAACAACCAUAUGGUCAACCAAUGAUGACUCAACAACCUUAUCAACCACAAUACGGUCAACCAAUGAUGGUCAAUCAACCACCACCAACCUAUGUUACUCCACAACCUUCUUAUUAUACUCCUCCUACUAAUGGAAAUGGUCAACAAACUUAUGUAUAA